AUGGCCAACAGACGGACUGCCGAGCUGUCAAGGACACAAGCUGGAGCAAGCCGAUCAACGUCGCCGGCGCCCGACCGUUCUGAGACUAGCAGUGGAAGCAAGGCGCCGUCGCCUACAGAGAAGACUCAGAUCGACUUCCAAUUCCUCAACUUCAGUCACCCGCAAGAUGCCAAAGCAUCGAACGCACGCAAAGCCGUCCGGAGCCAUGUCACGAAACAGCAGCACCAAAAGGAGCAGAAGCUGCAACAGGAACGGCGAGCGAAGAGCUUUCAGGGCUCUUCGUCUUCUUCUUCUUCUGCUGCUGCUGCCGACUUGGAGCCCACGCCUCUAUCACGACGACCGCAUGCUGAGACGUUUCCGACGGAGCGACCGACUACUUUAGAGCUGCCUACAGGUACUAGUGCAGGACCCUCCAGCCCAGAGAUGUCCUCUGCUGCAUCCUCACCGACACAUCUCAGCGAUCGUCAGAUCGAUCCGUAUGCACUGUAUCCCGAGCUGUGGCAUCCUUACAUCGCACAGAUUAUGGACGACUAUUUGUCAAACAUGGCAGUCGACAUCCCGGGCAUAGCGGAAACAGAAAUCCAAUCACGCUUGCAAACGCGGUUCGGUCCCUUUGUAAUGACAGAUCCCGCGUCUCUUCAUGCCGUGAUGCUUGUAGCAGCAACACGCUUUGGUCGGAUACGAGGGCCUCGCUCUCAUGCAAUCGACCUCCUUCAGCUACGAGGUAUGGCUAUCCGAGAGAUCAAUCGUGCUCUUGAGGACGAGACCCGGGCGACUCAGGAUCAGGUCAUUAUCGCCGUGGCUAUGAUGGCGUGCUAUGAGGUUCUCUACGGCGAUCAAGCGGUGUUCAACACCCAUAUGACUGGACUGUUGCGGAUUGUCAGCUUGAGACGUGGCCUGCCGCAGCUGGGCCUCGAAGGCUUACUGGAAGCUAUACUCUUGUGGAUUGAUGCCAAUGGCUCGAGCCUUCUAGGUUCAAGAAUCUACUUUGACCGUGCUGCCUUUCCGACCGGUGCAGCACAUCCUCGGCCGGCUCCGAUGCGCUUUACCGGUGGUUUGAGGAGGCCAUCACAAUGA